UUUACCAGUUGACUGCAUUCCUCCUUGCACGUCUCGUGUGCAUUGCCUCGUGUACAAAAUAUUAAUGCAUGGCGCGUAUAUAAAAAUUGCACUGAGGUGUUGUUCCCCCACGUGAAAGAAACUGGACUAAAAUAAGUUUGUGAACUUUUGUAAUUGACAUGAAAAAGUGGUUGGAAUUGUGCUUUGUUUGAACUACCCGGACAAGAUGGGAGCUUAUCUUUCAGAGCCGAAUGUAGAAUGUGUUUCUGACGAUGGAGGUAUAGAAAAAUUCAGAUAUGGUUCGUCAGCCAUGCAGGGAUGGCGACUUGGCAUGGAGGAUGGCCAUAACUGUAUUCCAGAAGUUGAUAACGACACAGCUAUGUUUGCAGUCUAUGACGGUCAUGGAGGUGCAGAAGUAGCGCUGUACUGUUCCAAACACCUCCCUGACUACAUCAAAGAUGAACCAGCAUACAAAGAAGGUAACAUGGAGAAAGCCAUGCAAGAUGCUUUCAUGAGAAUAGAUGCUGUUCUAAGGGAACCAUCGGCUAUCGAGGAAUUGAAACAUCUGGCUGGUAUGGAGCAAAGUGCAGAUGAAGCGGACGCAGAAGAAGCAUCAGCCUUACAAGAGGAAGCCAACCUCCCACUCGGUGAACUCCUAGCCCGUUACAGUUACAAUCCUACCAAGACAAGAACACUCCGAAAAAAACUAGACAAAAACGAACUCCUCUCCCCAAUGGUGCGGAAAAAGCCCCCGAUAUUUGGCGAGGAAAACACAGAAGGGGCCGAUAAAGAAGCGAAUGGAGAGGAGAGGAAUGGAUCGAUACCACUCAGACUUGAGGAGGAGACUAAGGAUGAGGAGGUCGAUUCCGGGUCGGAGGACAAAGGUCAAGGUGAUGGUGCUACUACUAAGGAAGGUGGUGUCAGUAAGGUGGAGACGGGGAAUGGUGACAGUGUGGAGGAGUCAAAGGAAAACAGUAAAUGUAAUGGUGCUGGAGAUGCAGGAAAGAAACCUACAAAUGGCACAAUAGAAGAUUUGGUCAAAGAUGAGCUUGAUGAUGAAGAAGAAGACGAGGAGGAGGAUGACGAUGAAGAAAGUGAAUCUGAAGAGGAUGAUGAGGAAGAGGAGGAGGAAGAAGGAGAUGAUGAUGCUGAAGAUGAUCAGCAAGAUGUAUUUGGCCAGAAAGAAGAGCAGCCAGGAAGCGACAGCGGGUGCACAGCAGUUGUUGCAUUAAUACAAGGCAAGCGCAUCAUCGUAGCCAACGCCGGGGACUCGCGGUGCGUCUUAUCAAAAGCGGGUAUAGCCGUCGAUCUUUCUAUUGACCACAAGCCGGAGGAUGAUAUCGAGAUUACGAGAAUAGAGAAGGCUGGUGGGAAGGUCACUCCGGACGGGAGGGUCAACGGGGGUCUCAACCUCUCCAGAGCCAUAGGUGACCACUGUUACAAAUGCAACACAGAUCUACCACCAGAGGAGCAGAUGAUUUCAGCAUUUCCCGACAUUCAAACGGCUGAGUUGACCAAAGAAAAUGACAUCAUGGUUAUUGCCUGCGAUGGUAUAUGGAAUGUCAUGACGAGUCAAGAGGUGAUAGAUUUUGUCCGAGUCCGAAUAGAAAAACAGACCAAAGAUGACAAGUCGUGUAAACUCUCCGAAAUAUGUGAAGAGUUGUUUCGUGUGUGUCUAGCGCCGGAUACCAGCGGAGACGGCACCGGCUGUGAUAACAUGACCUGCGUUAUCGUCCAGUUCAACCACAACUCGCCAGAUCAGACCCUCACAGGACGUGCCAAAAGAAAAGCCAGCGACACCGAGGCCAGCACCGGCGAAGACAACGACAGCAAAAGACCCAAAGUUUAACUCUCUGGACUUGUUCAGUAUUCAUUGAGUUCUUUUUCAAGACUUUUUUUCCAAGUGGUUUAAUAAUAGUUAAAAAAAAAAGACACUAAAGCAGUGUUCCCAUUGACCACGGAAAGUUACUGGAUUUGGUGUAAUUCAACCGUGCGUUCCCACCUGGAGUUCUAUUACGUGACAUUUUACAGUGUGGAGUUUUUUAGAGGCCCGGAUAAUUUACUGUGGCUGCGCCAAAAUCUUUCGCGGCCUCUUUCGGCCUUAUCAUCGUCGUGGUAAGUUGACAGGGAGGUCAGUUUACCAUGUGUCCCCGUUGGAUUUAAUUUUGUCAUUCUACAGAAAAGUCACGGUACUCUAACAAACAAAAAGUCAAAUGGGAACACGGCUUUACUCUUGCAGAUGACUGGAUUCUUUCCAGCGAGGAUAUAUCCGUACGCUCAGGGGAUUUGUACAUAGUGUGCUGCAUUUGUGAUUCAGAAUGUUUUGGAUUUUUUUUCCAAACUUCUUGGAUGGGAAUUUUUGUAAAGUGAAACAUUCCAUUGGCUUGAUUCCUGCAAAUCCAACUCAUUAUUUUGUUCUGUGAUCGUUAAAUUUGUGUCCCAUGUCUUUUGUUGUUGUUUUUUGGUUUUUUUUCAGUUGAUUGAGCUUGGGUUAUUAUAACACCUUAUGAACUUAUUGUUAUGUUUUUUGUUUUUUUAAGUUGUACUCCUAACAGGUUCUAUGUUGUAAAUCUUCAACCGAUUUUAGUUUAAUCUGUAUAGAUUAUUCAUGGUGUGUUUUCCAAAAACAGCGAGGGUUACAAUAAUCCUACAUCAACAACUUAACAGCUCGUCACCUUUGUUUCAUUUAAAAAAAAACUGGACACCUUUGGUAAUUGUCAAAGACCAGUCUUCUCACUUGGUUAGUCUCAACA